CUACUGAGAAAGGAAGGUAGCCUGCGGCCCAGAAAUCAGAUUGUGGGUUUGUUGGACUCUCAGCAACGUAAACAGGGGAAUGGAUUUUUCCAAAACAGUAAAUUUAAAUGGCACUGUUUAAGCUUCCCCUGAUGUUGUUGGGUUGGCAGUUAAAGCAGAUGGUCCUGAGUGCUCCUGUAGAGACCUCACUGUUUAAAUAUGCCUUUGUGCCUCAUUUCAUCUCUUUCCAAAUGGAAUUUCCCUGCAGUCAUUGCCGAGGGAAUGACUCCGCCACAAAGGAUCCUCUUUCCCCCGGAGAAGAUUUGCAUGGUCUGGCAGCAAAGACAGAGUGCUGGAGCAGGACUCCGCAAUGUGGGCAACACGUGCUUCCUUAAUGCUGUCCUGCAAUGCCUGACAUACACCCCGCCGCUGGCCAACUAUCUGCUCUCCCGGGAGCACAGCCAGGCCUGUCGCCAACAAGGCUUCUGCAUGAUGUGCAUCAUGGAAGCGCAUGUUAACAAGGUCCUGCAUUCCUCAGUCAGUGCCAUCCUGCCUUUGGCUGUUCUCAGGGGUUUCAGACUCAUAGGAGAACAUUUUCAGCUUGGCAGGGAGGAAGAUGCCCAUGACUUCUUAUGCUGUACUGUCAAUGCCAUGCAGAGAGCUUGUCUGAGUGCAAGCAAUGACUUGGACAUAUCAUCCCAAUCUACUACCAUUGUCCAUCAAAUAUUUGGAGGCUUUCUGAGAUCCAGAGUCAUCUGCUUCAGCUGCAAAGCCAUUUCUGAUUCCUAUGAGGCCUUCCUGGAUGUCCCUUUGGAUAUCAAAGCAGCCUCAUCCCUCACUGCAGCUCUGGAGGACUUUGUAACACCUGAGCACCUGGAUGGUGAAAACUGCUUUAAAUGUAGCAAGUGUGAGAAGAAUGUUGCCGCCACUAAGAGGUUCACUGUCCACUGUGCACCCAAGGUUCUCACUGUGUGUCUGAAGAGGUUUGACUGCUUCACUGGUGGGAAGAUCAGCAAGGUUGUAGAGUAUCCGGAGUACUUGGAUCUUCGCCCAUACAUGUCUCAGGCAGAUGGAGAAGCACUCCUCUACUCCUUAUAUGCUGUCCUGGUGCACAGUGGUGUCAGCUGUCAUGGAGGACACUAUUUCUGCUACACAAAGGCCAGCAAUGGAUUGUGGUACCGGAUGGACGAUGAAUCUGUGGAGCUGUGUUCCAUUGACACAGUUCUCAGGCAGCAAGCCUACCUGCUGUUCUAUGCCAGAUGCUCGGAUCUGAGAAUUGGAGAAAGGGCUUCUUCCUCACUGGCACCAUCACAUGCCCCUUCCUUCCUCAGUCAGUGUGCGGCCAGCAGCAAGCAGGCGGGCUCUGUUGGACCACAGGGUCUGACUGGUAGGACUAAGGGCAUGAAGGACACUGGCAGGGAGCGGUCCCGGAGCAGAUCCCCUCUGUGGGGCAGGGAUCUCCGCAGCUGGUCUGUGGACACCACAGACUAUGAUGACUCUUCAGAGAGAAGAACUGGUCCUCCAAGUCGUGACCGUGGUCCUAGGGAUAGCACAGCUGCAAGGCCUUCCAAGAGGAUCUGCCGGUGGGCUCCCGCUCCCAGGGCUGCUCAGGAGCAAACCUUGCUGAGGCAGAGGGAGCCAAGCAGAUCUGUGCAGGGAACUUACAACCUUCGCAGCCGGUUUGUGCCGUACACAGACUAUGACCGCUCACUGCGGAAGAGAAAGAGGCAGAGAACAAGUCCUCCACGAGCAAACCCAACAGAGGCAGAGAGAGCAGAGAAGAUCAACAUGGCGGGGCUAUGA